AUGCAAAAGACUUUCGAAACUAUAAAUCUCUCUCCAAAUAAUAAUAACAAUGACUUGGAGCAAAUACUAAGAACAUAGCAGUAAAAUCAAACACCGAUAUUUAAUCCUAAAUCCUACCCCAAGUUCUAUUCAUGUGUAAAUGUAAAUGGAGCACCGAGUACUGCAAAUGGCAAGAAAUUCUAUGUGAAUCGAGAGACCAUUCUUCCAAGUUAUAAAGACAUUGAGUUAUCAUUGUCGCCUAGAAGCAUCAAUCUAGCAACUAAAAGAGUAUAAAAAGAAAAGAAUUUUAGAGCAAUAUCCCCACAUAUGAUAAAGACAUUUUUGAGAAUGAGGCAGUAGAAACUAGAUUCAGAUUUACUGAGUGAAAAUUAGCUGCAUAUGCAAACCUAGUCUGCUGGAUCUACACAGGACAAUCAGGCGAUGCAUUAAUUGAGAUUGAAUUCGGUUAGUUCUUGCAGCAAGCAAAGUAAUGACAAGAGUAAUAGAGCAAGUGAGAGCAAACAAUUUAGGUAGGUCUAUCUUAAUCAAAAGUUGCAGGAAGUCAUGCCUCUAGAUGAUGAAAACCAAGUGAGAUUGAAAAAUAAUCUGACAUCAAAAUUAAUGAUAAAGAAGGCAAGCUCUACAUUGCUAUUUAAGCAAAAAAGAUUCUCUGAUCCUCAGUAAACUACGAACUUCAAACUUCAAGAUAUGAAUUAGGAUCAUGGUCUAAGACUAACCAUAAAUCCUUAGCCUAUUUACCCCUCAUUCGUAAGAUCUCAUCUUAAUUCUAGUCAAGCUUCUUGGAACAAUAACAAGCAGGUAAAUAACAAUAUAAAUCAUAACAAUCAUGGUCCCUCAAAGACUCCUAGAGUAACUUCAUAGGUAUUUGUAUCGCCUGGUAAAAAGUUUUUGGGAUUAAACGACUAUCAUCAGCAUCAAUUCUAAUCGACUAGAUAGCCCUCAUAAGUAAAUUUCAAUGAGGAGAGUACUGAUAACGAAUAAUAUAAAUAUGAGACCAUAAUAAAUAAGAAGCAACUGAAUAAAAUUGACAAAAAAUAAAAGACACUCUAGCUAGGUAAUGUAUUGCAAUAUGGAUUGCCUACUACUGCAGAUUAUGAGUAUUAGCACUUGCAGCUAUCGCCUAAACCAACUAAAAAGCAGAAAUAGUAAUAGCAGAAGUAUAAGAUAAAGUAAGCUCCCCUAACUCAAAUCAAGAAUCAACAGAAUAUAGUGAAGCCUUAUAAUCAUACACAUUAAAUGAAGGAUUCUGACAUGAUGCGACGAAGACUGAUGUUUAAAUCAUCAUAUGCGCAUGGAUAUCUCUCAUCUAGAAAGAACAGCUAGAGAAGUACGAGCUCUCAGAGAAGAUAACAGGAGAACUAGGAAAGGCGUAAACUCCUGAAUAACUACCUUAGUCAAUAUGAUUUCAUAGACAAUUCUCCACUUAAGAUUCAAGCUCAGGCAUUGUUUUAAAAUUAAUAUGUAAAGAAUAUACUAUUCUAAAAUGGAGAGAAUGAGCAAGUUGGAGUAUAAUGA